AUGUCCUUACCCAGAAUUCCACAACGUACCACCGUCCUUGUCAUUGGCGGAGGACCGGCGGGAAGCUAUGCAUCCACCCUUCUGGCUCGAGAGGGACUAGAUGUAGUCCUGCUUGAAGCGCUCAAGCAUCCCAGGGAACAUGUCGGAGAGAGCAUGCUCCCUUCAAUGCGACAAUACCUUCGCUUUAUUGAUUUGGAAAACGAGUACGAUAUCAGAGGUUUUCUUCACAAGCCAGGCGCCUUUUUCAAGUUUAUCCAUGGUGCACCAGCAUGCUAUGCUGACUUCGAUAUUCUCGGACGGGACAAGAACACCUGGCAUGUCUUUAGAGCAGAAGCUGAUGAGCUCAUGCUUCGUCAUGCAGCUCAACAAGGCGUUAAAGUCUUCGAGGAAGUCCGUGUCGACUCAAUUGAAUUCGCAGGCAGUGACCCUACGACUUCGCGUCCCAUCGCGGCCAACUGGAAGUCCAAACUUGGGGAGACCGGUGCUCUCUCAUUCGACUGGCUGAUAGAUGCCUCCGGUCGCCAAGGCCUUAUGUCUACGAAAUACCUCAAGAAUCGUAUCUACCGUGAAGGCCUGAGAAAUGUCGCCGCGUACGGGUACUGGGAACAUGCGGCUGCCCCAGUCGAGGAGGGCAAUCCUCGCCAGAAUGCAACUUGGAUUGAGUGCCUCACUGAUAAACGAGGCUGGGCAUGGCACAUACCUCUGCACAACGGCAAGACCUCAAUUGGCGUUGUCAUGCAUCAAGAGACGUCUAAUCAGAAGAAGGCUGUUGGACCCAAGGGACUUGAAGCUCACUAUCUAGACCAGGUCAAACUAGCACCAGGUGUUCUCGAACGCCUGGGGCACGGCGCGUCCUACAUCACCGGGAGCGUAAGAAGCACUGCUGAUUUCAGCUACCAUGCGAAAUCGUAUUCCGGCGACCACUACCGCAUCAUUGGUGAUGCAGCAGCGUUCGUUGAUCCACUUUUCUCAUCGGGAGUGCACAUUGGGAUGACGGGUGCUUUGUCCGCUGCGUGCACUAUCCUUGGCUCUAUGAAAGAACAAAUUACCGAAGUGGGAGCAUGCGCUUGGCACGAUGCAAAGAUAGGCAUAUCACAGAUCAGGUUCUUGCUGGUCGUUCUCAGCGCAUACAGACAAAUGCAACACCAAGGAAACUACACAGUGUUAGGCGAUUUCAAUCCCCAAGAUUUUGGGCGUGCCUUUGAGCUCUUCCGACCAGUUUAUCAAGGGCAACAUGAUGUAGAGAAUAAAUUGACCAACGAAGAGCUCGAACGAAUGAUCGACUUCACCCGCAAUUUCUUCCUGCCAAUUUCCCAAGACCAGCAUGCAGCUGUUAGCGAACGACUCGGACAUUUCAUGCCGAUCAACGGUCCAGUCAUGGGACCUGAUGACCUUGCGAAGGUUCUCGAUGACGACGACAGCGACGCGAAGGCUGUCCUUCAGAAAAUCAAUGCACGUAAAGUGCUCAGCACAGAGAUGGGUUCAUCAGGAUUGAAUUCGGAGUCUGUCAAUGGGUACACGCUGAUUCUGGAGAAAGGCCGGCUGGGGAUGAAGAAGGAGAUAGGAGUUGCAUAG